AUGUUCAGCCUACUUUUUCUUCAGUUCCUCCAGCAGCACUUUAUUGCCACUGCCUGCCUCCUCUUUCUUCCGAUCCCUCUCCGUGCACUUGAGACAUACUUCCGAAGAUGGAGACUCGCACAAGCUCAAGGCUGUCAAGAUGCUGCGAGCAAAGUCCCCGUGAAAGAUCCCAUCGUUGGCUUCGACUUCCUAUACAAGGUUAUCUUCGGUGAAGCUCCGGAAUGGUAUCUGGAUAGCACGUGGCAGGCCUUCAAGCAAAUGGGAACUACAUACAUAGAAAGAAGAUGGUCAUGGCAGUGUGUCUACACAUGCGACCCUCAGAAUCUCAAGCAGAUCCUCGCUGCAGCUUGUGAAGACUUUGAUCUUCCAGAGUUUCGAACUUCAGUCAUUGGCAAUGUCUUUGGACAAGGCAUCUUUGUCUUAUCCGGACAUACAUGGAAGCACGCCCGGCAGAUACUGAGACAGAGUUUCAGGAAAGACAAUCCCGCCCCGUUCCUAGAGACUCUGGAGCGGAACUUUCAAGCAUUCUCAAAACAUGUUCCAACAGAUGGCUCUGAAGUCGAUCUCCAGCCUCUGUUCCUAGCUCUCACUAUGGAUGUCUCCACGGAGUUUCUCAUGGGACACUCGACCAACAUGCUCAGUGAGACAGCAGAUCAUACCAGAGAGCAGCGAUUUGUUGAUGAUUACAUGAUCUGCUCUGAGGAGAUCAUUCAACAGAUGCAGCUUGGUCCUCUGCACCGUCUCAAGUUCAGCUUUACAGCAAAGAGGGCUAAGAAGAGGGUGUACGAAUACCUCGAUACCUUCAUCGAAGAGUCCCUAAACAGUCCCAAGGACGGUUCGGAAGGCACUUUCCUCACAGACAUGAUGGCCAUAGUGGACGACAGGAAAGGCCUGAGUGAUCACAUUCUUCACAUUCUCCUAGCAAGCCGCGAUACAACAUCAAGUCUCCUAAGCAACCUCUUUUUCUUUCUAGCAAAGAACCCAAGAAUAUACGCCAGACUCAGAGACGAAGUCACCAAAGCGGCAGGCCAAGAACCCCCUACAGCAAACCAACUAAAAGAAAUGACAUAUUUAAAAUGGUGUGUCAACGAAUCCCUGAGGCUGCAUCCUGUCAUUCCCACAAACGCCCGCGUCGCAGUCAGGGACACCACCAUCCCCCGUGGUGGCGGCGCCGACGGACAAUCGCCACUCUUCAUUUCCAAAGGAACAGCCAUGUUCUACAACGUGUACGCCAUGCAUCGCAACAAAGACGUUUUUGGUCCUGAGCCUGAAGAGUUUGUGCCGGAGAGGUGGCAGGAUCUGAGACCUGGCUGGGGCUAUCUUCCCUUCAACGGCGGAGCUCGAGCUUGUAUCGGACAACAAUAUGCUCUACUGGAAACGCACUACGUUGUGGCUAGGAUGGUGCAGACUUACUCGCAGCUUGAGUCGCGUGAUGAUCAGGAGUGGAUAGAACUGUAUGCCUUGGCACUAUGUUCCAAAAACGGCACCCGAGUGGCUGCUAGGAUAUGA